AUGAGAAAGAGUCGCUGUGCACGGGAAGUGGCGACACGGGCGCUCCGGGCUCCCGCAUGGCGGCAGCAGCUCCGGGGCCUCGCGACGACGAGCGGCGACGGCGGCAAGCAAGUCGCCGUCGUGGGCGGCGGCCUGACGGGCCUCGCGACCGCCUACCUCCUCGCCAAGCAGCUGCCGCCGUCGGCGCGCAUCACGCUGUACGAGGCGGGCUCCCGGCUGGGCGGCUGGAUCCGCACCGACCGGGAGCGCGUCAACGUCGGCGGCGUGCGCGGCGUGGUGCCGUUUGAGCGCGGCCCGCGCACGCUGUCGUCGCUCCGCGGCAACACCUGGCGGUACGACGACCUUGUGCUGUACGAGCUGAUGCUCGACCUCGGCCUCACGCCCUCGUACCCCAAAGACCUCCCCCGAUACCUCUACUACCCGGACCACCUCGUGACGAUGCCGCCCGACGCGUCCGUGUUCGACUGUCUGCGGGAGCCGCUCUUCCGCGAGUGCUUCCGGGGCGCGCUCGGCACGGCCGCGGGCUACGUGACCGGCCGCCACCGCGGCGCGCUGCCCGCCGAGGACCUGUCCGUGGCCGACUGGCUGCGGCUCGUCACCGGCGACGCCGUCGUCGGCCGCAACCUCGUGUCGGCCAUGAUCCACGGCAUCUACGGCGGCGACAUUGAGCGGCUGAGCGCCCGCAGCGUCCUCGACCGCAUGUACUACGCCCUGCACCUGCCGCCCGCCGCCCCGGGCCACCGCCACGUGCCCGCCCACGAGCUCGCCUUCAUGGAGCGCAGGGCCGACGACGACCUGGUCUGCGCCAUGGCCAACAGACCAAAGGGGGCGCUGGUGCACUUUGGCGCCCAGGGCAUGGAGGCGCUGCCCAAGGCCCUCGAGAAUGCGCUCUCCGGACAGGCCAACGUGACCAUUCGGCGGGACACGCCGGUGACCGACAUCGCCUACCUCCCACAAGAAGAAAGGGUCCAGGUGACGACGUCCCAAGACGCGCCCCAGCUCUUCGACCACGUAAUUUCCACCUCCUCCAGCCACACGCUCGUCAAGUCCACCGGCUCGGCCCUGUCCGCCCUCGCCGAGAUCGAGUCCGUGUCCAUCAUGACGGUCAACCUCUGGUAUCCGACGGAGCGCAUGAAGCCGCCCGGGUUCGGGUACCUCAUCCCGCGCGCCGUUCCCGCCGCGCAGAACCCGGAGCGCGCUCUCGGCGUCUUCUUCGACUCGGAUGUCGCCGGGGAGCGCGCGCCGGACGAGCCCGCCGGCACCAAGCUCUUCGUGCUCAUGGGCGGCCACUACUACGCCGGCGACGGCAGCGCCGCGCCGCCGCCGUCCGAGGACGAGGCCGUCGCGCAGGCCAAGGCCCUCUUGGAGCGCCACCUCGGCAUCCCGCGCGACACGCCCUGCCACGCCAUGGCGCGCCUCGCCCGCGACUGCAUCCCGCAGCACAACGUGGGCCACGUGGCGCGGCUGCGGCGCGCCCACGAGCAGAUGACCAAGGCGUUUGGCGGGCGCCUCGUCGUGGCCAAUGGCUCGUACGGCCGCAUCGGUGCCAUGGGCGCCCUGCGCAACGCCGACGGCGCCGCGCACGCCGUCGUCUCCGGUCAGCGGGUCUCGGGGCUGGAGGACUUUAUCUGUGACCCCGUCAUCGCCGACGUACCUCUAGCGCAGAUUCCUUGUCGCCAGCCUCAACGCAAAGCGUAG